AAGUGUGAGUAAGAGGGAGUAAGAGACGUAAAGACAGUGAAACGUGACUGUGGUCUUGUCCGACAUUCUAUAAAAUCUCAGAGAGAGGAGGGAGGACUGAACAUUUGAAACAGCAAAGAGGUGUGGACAAGAUUCUUUUACUGGAUAUCCAAAGGCUGCCAUCACAUACCGGUUUUUCUGCUGCCUGUCUGAACAGAGGGGUGUGUUCGUAAGGAGUAAGAGGCAGCUCAGUGUCAGAAGCCUCAGUCUGUGAUCUGAAGAGUCCCAGUGUUUUAUUCCUGAAAACCUUCUAACAAGCAGCAAAGAUGGAGCGCAUGGAAGAUGAGAAGCCAAAGAAGAAGAUCACCGCUUACCUUCUCUACUGUGUCUCAACAGCUGUCAUCGGCUCGCUACAGUUUGGCUACAACACCGGGGUCAUUAAUGCACCUGAGCAGAAACUGAAAAGGUUUUUUCAGAAUGUGUCUGUGGAGCGGUAUGGAGAGCCUUUCAGCACCGGAACAAACACCAUGUUGUGGAGUUUGUCUGUGGCCAUCUUCAGCGUGGGAGGCAUGAUCGGGUCCUUUUCUGUUGGAGCUAUGGUCAACAAAUUUGGCAGACGUAAGUCCAUGCUGAUAAAUAACGUCCUUGCCCUUAUUGGCGGGGGUCUGAUGGGAUUGUCAUCCCUGAGUUGGUCUUUCGAGAUGGUCAUCAUCGGCCGCUUGAUCAUCGGCGUGUUCUGCGGUCUGUGCACGGGGCUGACACCCAUGUACGUGGGUGAGAUCACUCCCACUGCCAUCCGAGGAGCUUUUGGCACUCUGCACCAGCUGGGUGUAGUUAUUGGCAUCCUGGUGGCACAGAUCUUUGGUCUGGAGUCUCUGCUGGGCUCAGACACUUUGUGGCCUCUGCUGCUGGCUCUGACCAUCCUGCCUGCCGUGCUGCAGACCAUCAUGUUACCCUUCUGCCCUGAAAGCCCUCGCUACCUACUCAUUGUCCUCAACCAGGAGGAGGAGGCAAGAAAAGCACUGGUGCGCCUGCGUGGCUGCGAAGAUGUGAAUGAUGACAUUCAAGAGAUGAGGGAAGAAGGGAUGAAGAUGGCCAUGGAGAAGAAAGUGACCAUCCCCGAACUCUUCCGCUCCCCAAAAUACCGCCAACCAAUCAUCAUUGCCAUCGUCCUCCAGCUCUCUCAGCAGCUGUCUGGCAUCAACGCUGUCUUUUACUACUCCACAGGCAUAUUUAAUAAUGCUGGUGUGACUCAACCCAUCUACGCUACUAUUGGAGCUGGAGUCGUCAACACUGUCUUUACUGUUGUCUCUCUCUUCCUAGUUGAGAGGGCGGGGCGGAGGACACUGCACCUGAUUGGACUGGCUGGAAUGGCCAUUUGUGCUCUUGUUAUGACAAUCUCGCUCUCUUUAGGGAAGGCCAACCCUAGCCUAAGCUACCUGGCCAUUGUGGCUGUGUUCGGCUUUGUUGCCAGUUUUGAGAUGGGUCCAGGCCCCAUUCCCUGGUUCAUCGUAGCUGAGCUCUUCUCCCAGGGGCCCCGACCUGCUGCCAUGGCCAUCUCUGGCUUCUCCAACUGGGCUGCCAACUUCCUGGUGGGGAUAAGUUUCCUUAAACUGGUGGAACUUUGUGGCUCAUACGUCUUCAUCAUCUUCACAGUCCUCCUCAUUUUCUUCUUCAUCUUCACAUUCCUGCGUGUACCCGAAACCAAAGGGAGAACCUUUGACGACAUCGCUCAGGGAUUCACCACCAGUGCAGGCAAACCAACCUCCCCGUUGCCUGAAGCGGUGGUCGUCGGCCUGCCAGACAGCAAGGAACCUGUACCCUUGUCGCCCACAGAAAAGGUUCCCAUGGUGGAUCUUCCCUCAGAGAAACCAUGAGCAUCUUUAGAUAAAAGAAGGAAGCCUUAGGGUACAAUUUAGAUGAACAGGUUCCAAGCACAUAGAUAUUGUCAGGAGUUACAUUUCAUAACUCCUAAAUGAGAAAAAAAGUGAUGAGGGUGCAUUUAGAAAAAGCCAACUCAGUGUAUUAAUGCAGAAAUAAGAUUUUAGUUUUUUAAUGUGCGUUUUUAGUGUGCCUUUUUUAAAUUAAAUACAAUGUUUUUUAAAGGUUCUCCAUUUACAAAUGCUAAAAUAAUUGACGGAAUUCCCUGUAAUCUUGCUUUACAUUCCCAGCCCCAGCUCCGUGCUUAUAGAUUCAUAUAAGAGGAUCAAAAUAUGUUCAGUGUUAAGUCCCAGGUCUUCAGCUACCCCCAGUGUUAAAAGGUUGCAGGAUUUGGGGGGCGGUUUUAUGUAUUGAGAUCAAGCCUGAAAAGCCGGUUUUGGAGCAGAGUAGUUUGACCCAAAAAAGACUCACUUGGUGUCCUGUCUGCCUGUCUGUCUGCCUGAUGUGCCUCGCUGCCAGGGGAAGGGAGCCAUGUUGUCUGGAGCAGAUAGAAUAAACAUGGAGGAGAUGCUGCAGAGGUCCCUCUCCUCUUUGGGGCACACAAAAAGCACUGACUGUAUAUUUAAAUAAAUAUAUUUAAGCAUGUUUAAGCAAGAUUUGUACGAUGAUGUCAUCUGAGAACGCAGGAUGUUUGUACUUGUGUAUGUUGUUUGAAGUCAGGAGUCUUUGCGCUGAUAAAGAAGUAACUUACGGACAGCUCUGUAAACCGGUGAGAACGAGGUGUAUUCUAACACUGCCAACUCUUAACAAAGCCUCUCUUUUCUGAUUUCACUGCAGGGUACAACUAUGAUGACAGAGAAGUUAUUGUAGUGCAGCUGUUUACAGAAUAUAUUACAACCGUCAGAUACAAAUACUCAGGUGGCUAUUUGUGUUACUGUAUAUGGCUUCUUACUGUUACAGCAGAAAAAAUGCCUUUAUCCAUCACUGUACUUGAAAGUCCUUCGUCAGCGGUACGUAACUACAAGCUACUGCAUCACAGGUCAUGAAAUCAAAUAUCUCUACAACAGUAUUACAUCAAAUCAAAAGUGCUUCUCAGUGUUAAACAGUCAUCUGAGGGAUGUAUUGACGCGCAUUCAAGUCUACUGAUAAUUAUCUCAGUCCAAACAAGACAUUAGCCAUGUGAGAUGGUGACACUGAAUAAAAACACUAAAUUAAUUGUAUUUAUUUCAAAUGGUGUAUUCACAAAAAUGUCUUAUCAUAUGUAUUUGCUUUCAGUUGUCUGAAAUCAUUUGUAUAUAUUGUAGAAUCUCCAGUCACUGCAUCGUGAGCAGCUUACACAACUUACAAAUAUUGUGUCACUGUUUGUACGGCUACAUCUUCCUCUGGAUGUGCACACACUCAUAAGGAAGCACUUUUAGCUCAGCAGCGGUUUCGUUUGCACUUGGCCAGUCUGACUACUCUCUAAUGACGUGUAUGCUUGUUUGUGUGUGGAUGUCUGAUCCAUGUAAAUAUACUUGUAUGUGUUAGAAUAUGUGCAGUGUUGGUUGUGUUACUGUAUUUGCUCAUAAUUCUGUUACAGCCACUGAUUUUUCUUGCGCUGGAAAUACUUUGCAGUUCUCCACAAUAUGCACAUCUUUAAUAUGUAUAUUUUGCUCUUUUGUUGUUGUGUUUUUUUUUUUGUGAGAAAACAGAAGUGAGAAAUGGCGAACGUCGAGUGUGUGUGGGAGUCAGAUAAGAGUUGACCUUUACUGUUUUUCUAUUAUAAUGUCCUCUGUUCUCCUGCUGCAAUAACAUGAGUGACACUUGCUUUGAAAAAUAAAGUUGUUCGUCUUGUGAGGAAA